GUCUCGGAUUGCAACUUGUUCUCUGGGGGCUUGUGUCCAGUUAACUGUACACUAAUUGUGGUCAAUUAUGUUUAUGGCAGGUACAGGCAACGGUGAAUGCGGGUUUGGCCAGGUGUCAGGCUCUAGUUCUGGGUCCAACAAUCCGCGAAAGUUUAGCGAGAAGAUAGCACUCCUCACCCAGAGACAAGCUGAGGACACCGCAGCCUUCCAGGAGGUUAUGAUGGACAUCACUUCCACCAGGGUGAGUCAAGAGGACAGGCCUACGCGCUUCGUGUUGAUAAAACAAGAGUAGCCAUAAAGCUGUCAAAAAUAUUCAAACGUCAGUGAUGUUGACCACCAGACAGUCAGAGUACUUUGUUUUCAGUUUUCAGAGGCGCAAUAAAUUCCAGGCCAUGUCAAGCAGCGCGCUCAAUUUUGCACUAUAGAGACUAUCACCGCUAAUAGGCUAUAACGUUACUCUGGUUGACAAAUCUCAGUUUAAUCCAAGGUGUCGAUAUAAUUUAACUUCAAAACACUCUAACUGCAAUCUUUAAACAUAAUAUAUGCUUUAUAUUGACUUAUACCACAUUUAUUGCAUGCUUAUAACACCUGUUGGUUUGCCAUACAGCUGCAUGGAGUGCAGGCUUCCCACAACCUCCAAGGCUAGAAUUACAAAUUGCACUCUUGGGGUUGCCUGCAUAGUAGACUUGACCAAUGUAUAUGUUAAGACUUAUGGGCUAUGCCUUCAUGUUGCUAUUUAGGGUGGUGUCUAUAAGGCAAGGGUGCCCUGAUUUGUUAUUGUGUCAAUAGGAAAUAUAAUUACUAUUCUAUUUCUAUGAGAGAGUCACUAUUCCACUACACAGUUGGAGUGCUACAACCUCACAGUUCAGUGAGUGUAUUAAGUAGUGAAUAAUAUGAUACUUUAUGUUAUCGUUUUGGAAUCUAAUUGCCGUCUGUGCAUUUGUCAGGGGUGUAAUAAAUAUAUGUUUGAAACAUGGUAGACAUAUGUGUAAAGUGCAGAAGUUUGAGUUUCCCUACUCUGCAUUAUAGAGCGCACUGGCCAUGUUAUAGCUGGGCUACAUUGCACCUCAAUCUUCAAUGUUGUGAACACAAUGCAUUAUCCUAUUGAAUAAGCCUCUGGUGUCACAACUGGUCUCAGAGCAUUUCAUAUUAUUCUGUAUGAAAUCCGAGACGCUCCAUUUAGUAUGAUAUGUUACGUUUCGUAUGGUAUGUAUUAAUUUGUGGAUGUCCAUCACCUAUGUCGUAUGAUAUGUUACGAAUUACAAUUCGUAUUAUAUGUUACGAAUUUGCAAAACGUUCAAAAUGUUACGAAUUUGCAAAAAGUAUGAUAUGUUACGAAUUCAGGCUAGAUGUCUAACGUUAGCUAGCAGGGUAACGUUAGCAAGGCUAGGGUUAGGGUUAGGUAAAAGGGUUAUGGUUAGGGUUAGCUAAAAGGGUUAAGGUUAGCGUUAAGGGAAGGGUUAGCUAACAUGCUAAGUAGUUGCAAAGUAGCUAAAAAGAACAAUGGGAAAAAGGUAUUCCCAAACGCGCUUCAGCCCAGCUUAAAUGAAAAAGGGAGGGGAUCAGGUGCUCGACUGAAGGACUUGAAAAUGCAAAAAACAUUCCUUACCCUAUGGGAGAAUAAAGAAAAAGGAGCACUCUGUUGCUGUGCAAAUCUGAUCGAUUUAUUGACAGGACAAACAAACAAUAGGCUUACGUUUUGGCAUUAAUCACCUUCAUCAGAGCGGCUCUGGUGAAGGCGAUUCAUGCCGAAGCGUAAGUGAUUCAUGCCAAAACGUAAGCCUGUUAUUUGUUUGUCCCAUCAAUCCAUUUGCCUUAAGUAACCAUCUGUCUUAUGUAACCAUACCAAACGUAACACAUCAUACUAAUUUCAGUGUCUCGGAUUUACAUUUAUUGUGUUACGUUUAGUCUAUUAGACCAGCUGGGUGUCAGGUGAAAUGAGGUGCAGCCCCCUGCUCUGGCUUGAAACAGAGGAGCCUAGACCUCAUGGCACUUGUUUUAUGGUAGCUCUUUGACCUCUUGCAUAGCCUACACUUUGCAUAUCAUUAAUACCCAAAUUCAUCAUGUUACCUAACCAACAUGCAACACUAUCCUUAAAAUAGCAGUAGGAGAUGGUAGUCAGCUAUACUUAUGGUUUAUUACACAUUGGCUUUUGAAGUAUGCCAGGGUCUUUCUCCUGCAGUAUCUGAUUCCCAUGUUUAUGCCAAGGGUUGGCAGUCAGGGGGUAUUCUUUCCGAGAUCGAGCCGACAUUAGCCUUGACUCACUCUUAUAGUGUCACUAUUUACAGAAUAUACUUUGUCUCAGUUUUACACUUACCAGUAAUUCCAUUAUACAAGUGAGACUAUUAUAGCACUGACUGUAAAUGCGAUGAGCUUUUUCUGGUAAUUAACCAAAUUAAACUAGUUGUUUUCUUUAUUCACUCCUCCUUUACCCCCCCCCCCCCCCCCCUCCUUUACCCCCCCCCCCCCCCCCCCCCCCCCCCCCACUCUUUCCUGGUCUCAGAUUCAGGUCCAGAGAGCGCAGCAGGCCAGAAGCCUUGGCACCUAUUAUGGAGGCUCCCUUCCCAAUGUCAACCAGAUUGGGAGAAUCACUUCAGAUGUACAGGUGAGUGUUAUUACUUUACAUAUGACCUAUAACUACAUUACCUACUACUUAUAACUAAAUGUCUAUUUAUUAGCCUAUUUACAUACAUAUAGGCUAUAGCAAUGGUUAUAUGAUAUAGGCUACUGAAAGUCAAAUCAACCCUUGAUCUGUCUGACUCUGUUAGGGUCAGCUCCCCUGUAGUCCAGACAAUGGCUGCCCCACAAGACUUCACCCAAUGGCAGAGUGGGCAAAAGGAGAGGGGCGGCUCAGUUUCCCAGUCAGGCCAAACAGGAGACAUGUAUCCUUUAUGCUCAGUCAAAGGGUAGGCAGUGAUGGGUCACUUAAAGUGACAAAGUGAAGUGAGGUCACUGCUAGUGUAACAACGUCUGUAUUGCUUAGUUGAUCCCAUAGGACAGUGGUCACCAACCGGUCAAGCCAGUCCUAGUCAAUCACCAAUCAUUUCUGUAAACGACAAAGCCUUCCGUUCCUAUUUCUUUUAUUCGUUUCGUGCUGUUGACGGUAGGUGCACUUGAUUCAGCAGCCCUAGCGCCGGGAAGGCAAAGUGUUCCCAUUAUGAACCAUUUCAUAUGUCUGAAGGUAGAACUUCGCCUACUCGGCAGGCCCAGCCUGCAUAGUAGAUAGCAAAUCAAGUGCACCUAUAGGCCUACCACAGGCCAAUCAGAUAGCUCAGAUCACUGUGUCUGCACAGUUUCCUCGCACCAUAGACUGUAAAAAGAAGCCUCAAACGCACAGCAAAGUUGAUAAUGUGAGAUUUCAAAACUUUUAAAACCAUGACUAGAGAGUGACUCAACGAAUACAGCAAAGAGCUGCUGUUUUUAUGAGUAAGUUCAUGUUUAAGUUGUUAUUCAGCACCGUAAACAUUUGUUCAACAGUUUUAUAAGCCAUAAAAUGCGCGUUUCGAUAAGCUUGCGUUGUUAUUAUUUGCGGCUUGUGUCUUUUUUAAUAUCGAGGAAUAUUUCACUUUCUCUGGUCAUAGGACUAACAACAUGAAUUGGUGCACGAGGCAGAAGUAAUGCAGUGCGACUUAAGUUUCGCCAUCAGCUGGAGGACCGUGUCCCUUUUCUCAGUGGAGGGAGGGAGAGAGAAGGGACGGUGAGUCGGGUGAGAGGCAGCCUCACCGCUGCGCCCUCCCUCCCCUCAGACUGACCAUCAGAUGCAGGCCAUCAGUCCAGUAAAAAAAUAAAUAAUCACAAGUAAUACAAUAAAUUAUAUAUUACCAGUGUGAUCAUAUACAUGUUUUUUUAUAUAACUUCAAAAUGGUCUGAGAAGAACAACAUUGGCAGGGCAAUACAAGCGUAGCCAAUAUGCAGUGAUAAUGUAUUGGGCCUAUAGCCUACUGCACAAACCUCAUUGCUACAGAACUGUUUUCAAUUGGUUAAUGUUGCAUAAGCUUAUGUUUUUUAAGUAAUGUAAAAGAAAUUCAGAGUGGUAGAUCUCGGCUUGCAUUUUGACUCAGAAAGUGAUCUUGACUCAGAAAAGGUUGGUGACCACUAACAUAGGACUAGCUGUGAUUCAUAGUUGGCUAAAGCACAAACAUAAGCUUUUAGGGCAAGGUUUUCUAAUGGUCAAUGCUAACGUUAGCCAUUGCUACUCUUGUAAAGUAAGCACACAGAAAUUAUGGUCAUCAUCCAUGCACUCCAGAUAUCUAAAGUGCAUGGAGGACGACAGUGCUUGACUUGGACUAAAAUAGGUGCCUGUACUCAUUUUGGGUGCCAGCACUGUUUACAUUUAGGUGCAAGAGCUCCACAAUACUUUUGAGCUAAUAUUCUAGAAGAGGAACAGGAGCUCAAGCAGUAGUAAAUUGGUGGUGCCUGUACUCAGCGCCGGUGAGCUCCUGCCCAAGUCAAGCACUGGAGGAUGAUCAUAACAGCGGAUGUAAAGCAAUAGUUAUAUAUUGCAAUAAAUAUAUUGCAAUAAAGGGGUGAACUAUUGCCUUAAAUCCACAGUAGCCUACUUCCUACUGCCUGUAUUGCAAGAUGACCAAACAGCUAUUGUGUGUAAAAGCGUGCUGGGGUCAAAUGCCACACUACUGUUCUUCGCCGGUCCCUUUUUUGGUUCCAGGUAGAACCCUUUUGGGUUCUAGAUAGAACCCUUUUGGGUUCCAUGUAUAACUCUCUGUGAAAAUGGUUCUACCUGGAACCAAAAGGGUUCUACCUAGAACCAAAAAGGGUUCUUCAAAAGGUUCUCCUGGGGACAGCCGAAGAACCCUUUUAGGUUCUAGAUAUCACCUUUUUUUCUAAGCAUGUACUGUCUAAGGUUAACUGUUGAUCCACUUAAGUAACAGAUAGAGGGGAUUAAUCAUGGAUACUGUACAGUGCAGGCAAUGCCCUGUCAACUUUUCGUACCAUUGUUUUCCAACAGUAGGUCUAUGCCUAGGUUUUUCUAAGGGCACUGUGGAUAGCCUUAACACUCCCUCACAGACUGACAACUCUCCCUACCGCUCAGUUCAUCUGUCUCCACCACCCGAACCCAGCUGGAGAAGGUAAUGGUUGGGCGCUAUCCAAACUGAUAUAUUUUGUUCACUUCGUAAUAAAUAUCCUAAUACAUAUUUUGACUCUGAUUAUGUCACACAAAAAGGAACUGGUCUAGCAGCUCUCCAGUGGACAAAAGCCCCCUGAUGCACCCUCCCAUCACAGCACUUAAUAGGUGAGCAAAGUACCCAUGGUGUUUCUCUACUGUUUUUCUACACUCUUGCUUUCCCCUCUAAGAUGUGUGCUCUCCUCCCCAGAACUAACUCAGACUCUGCCCUGCACACCAGUGUGAGGAACACCAACACAGGGGACCAUUUGAGCCCCAACCAGCAGGCUUUAUCCUCACGGAACAGACACGGUGGUAAGUCCACAAUGCCUCCAGUUGUAUUGAAAUAGUCAUAGUAUUGUGUUCAGUGUUCCAGUGUUAGUCCUUAGUUAAUUCUUGCAAAUGCCUCUUGAAAGCGAGUUUUUUUUUCUAUGCCAUGCAUUAAUCCAUUUGUCAACUCAGUUUUUCCAUAUCCAGUUCCUCCGAUUGAGGAGAAUGUCCUAGAAGAGGGAAAACAAUUAAGAAAUACCAAGAAGGUAUUAUUCUCCUAUUUCCUGCCAAUGUAACCAUCCACAAUGCUUCAUAUUUCCUAUGCGAAUCGGUGCAAUAUUUACAUUUUAGUCAUUUAGCAGACACUCUUAUCCAGAGCGAUUUACAGUUAGUGAGUGCAUACAUCAUUUUUGUAUUUUUCAUUCUGGCCCCCCAUGGGAAUCGAACCCACAACCCUGGCAUUGCAAACACCAUGCUCUACCAACUGAGCCAAUUGUGCGCCGCCCCAUGGGUCUCCCGGUCGCAGCCGGCUACGACAGAGCCUGGAUUCGAACCAGGAUCUCUAGUGGCACAGCUAGCACUGUGAUGCAGUGCCUUAGACCACUGCACCACUCGGGAGGUCAUUGCUCUAUUUAGUCUAGCAAAUGCAUGACUAUUUGUCUCAUUGAUGUACCUGAUGUAUCCUUGCUAAUUGUUUCUCAUCCUAGUGUCCUGCACUUCCCACUGGAAUCAAAUCACGUAAAUUCCCUGGUGUAAAGUAAGUUCUGCUUUUCCAAAUGAAUAUUGUCUAAAAGAAAGUCAACCCCUGGGCCCUGACUGAACCUCCCUUUCCUCCUAUCCUUCCCUCUUGUGAUUUCUCCAGCAUCCUGUCCUCACCAGAUCAGCAGUUCAGUGCUCUCAACGUCCCUUCCGCUCUCAAUGUGAGUGGCUCCUUGCCCGACCUCUCCAGCCUGCACCUCCCCUCCCCACAGCCAGUAGGCGUGGACCCAGACAAACCCAUUGCCUGCAGCACUGGCCACCUACCUGGAACUCCCUCUCACCUUGGAGCCAGGGACGAUGAAUUUCCCUUGCCAGGUGUGUUUGUCUGUGUGCUAAGUUCUUACUCUAUGUUGGUGCCAGUUUAGGUAUGUUCAUAUGGUGAUGAUGGUGUCCAUUUCUUCUGUGUUCUCAGGUUUGUCGUUGUCUCUCCAAGGCUCAUACAGUAACCCAUUGCUCCAGUCCUCCCACAGCAACCCCAAUAUCCAAUCCUCUCUCAGCAGCCACUCCCUUCCCAGCUCUCUAAGCUCCACCUCUUUGAACUUCUCACUCAGCAACCCUUCCCUGCAGUCAUCCCCUAGCAACCAAUCCCUCCAGUCCUUCCUCAGCAGCUCUUCCCUAAGCGGCCUAUCCCUGCAAUCCACAACUAGCCACUGUAGCAGUGGGAUUGGCGGAUCUCGCUCUUGCUCCUCCUCUUCCCUAUCCAGCUCCCCACGUCCAACUAGCCAGACGCAGGUGCCUCCGUCAAGGAGGCGGACUCCCCUCAGCCCACUGGUCGUUCCCACUGGUGGAGAUUCUCGCUGGCUCCAAUCUAAACAGUUUUCACCUGUUGGGUCUCCAAAGUUAUCUUCUAUAACUCAGGUAUCUCAAACAAACUGGAAUUUAAGUGACAUCAUUGUUUUUGUGAUUAUUUCAUAUAAUUCCAUAUUAAGACAUUGUUUGAUGUAUUGCUCUUAUUUCAAUUCCAAGGGAGUUCUCCUGAACACCAACCAAUUACCACAGGAGUCAAGGCCACCAGGGUAUCGUCACUGCCAACCUCAACAUGAGGGUCCUCCAGCAGUUCAGCAGCCCAUGCAUAGAGGUCUGCCACAGUGGCAGCAUUCUCUGACAGAGGGGCAGCAGCAACCCAGCCAGGAACCUAAGAAAACGCCACCACACCAAGAGAAAUUCUGGCAUCAACAACAACAAGGUGUACAUCAGCAGCAGCAACAACAACACCUACAUCAUCAACAACACCCACAGCAACAGCUCCCACAGACACACCAUCUCCAACAAGUGCAAUAUCACCAUCGACAACAGUACCAACACCCGAAUCAAUUAUAUCAAUGCCAGAUCCAGCAGGUCCAAACAGAAGGUCAGGACCUGGACAUAAAACAGCAACAUCAAAGAGGGUCAAACCAGUGUGAGAACCUACAGCAACAACGCUUACAUCAAUUACAAGAGGAACAGCAUCAACAACAACAAGAGCACCAGCAACAACAGAAACAAGUGUACCAAAACCUGCCACAGCAACAGCAAGAGAAGCAAAGGCAACAAUACCAGCUGCACCAGCAACACCCAUGCCAGCAGGACCCACAUCAACAACAAGCGUACCAAAGACAACCUCAGCAACACCGAGCACUUCGACAAGAUGAGCUGCUACAGCAGCAACACCAGCUCCAGCAGGUUCAACUCUACCAACAGCAGCAGCAGAAAAAUGGCAACCUGCAGCAGCAACAGCAGCAUGAGCAACAUCAGUGGCAUCUCCAGUGUGCGUACCCCCCAUCUCAGAGCCUCGACUUGAAUGGGAAGAACAUGUCAAACUCACAAAAAGUAGCAACGAUGCAGAUGACUCGUAAGCAUCAGACCCAAGCCCAGGGAGGGAGUUGGGCACAUCAGAAGGUGCAAGGUCAGAAGGACCAGAUUCAGUCGACCAAAAUCUCCUCACAGAUGAACUCCUUCAUGGACAACAAUCCGGACCUCUACAAUGUGAGAAUAACCCCAUCUAUUGCAUAUUGUGUUGCCUAUUUUUACUAGUUUGAGUUUGUUUAUUUUGGCUAGUGUCAAUGUGUACAUUUAGCAGUUUUAUCAGCCUCUUUGUUUUCUCUGUGAUUAUGUUUAGGGUCAGUUUAGGCUAUGUUUAGGCUCGGUUUAGGCUAUGUUUAGGCUCAGUUUAGGCUAUGUUUAGGGUCAGUUUAGGCUAUGUUUAGGGUCAGUUUAGGCUAUGUUUAGGCUCAGUUUAGGCUAUGUUUAGGGUCAGUUUAGGCUAUGUUUGGGGUCAGUUUAGGCUAUGUUUAGGAUCAGUUUAGGCUAUGUUUAGGGUCAGUUUAGGCUAUGUUUAGGGUCAGUUUAGGCUAUGUUUAGGCUCAGUUUAGGCUAUGUUUAGGGUCAGUUUAGGCUAUGUUUGGGGUCAGUUUAGGCUAUGUUUAGGAUCAGUAAGAGGCUAUUUGAUGUUUGGUCUGCCAGUAAGGUAUGGUAAUUUAUCAAAUAUUGCGAUUUGAUGUGCGAUAUAGAUCAAAACACUUUGGUGAACUGUUGGAAUAGAAUGUAGAAGCAAAGUGGAAAGCAGCAUCGUUCUUGUUUGGAACAAUUGCUUGACUGCAUUUGACCUAACAGAACCGAAUGCAAACUUACAGAUGUAGGAUCUGAAUUUGAUAACCCUGUUGCAGGAUAACUUUUCUGCAAUGCAGGAAAUAAAAAACUUGGGAGUGUAUUUGAGGUUUAAAAAGGCUUCUGAAGUUUGUAAUUUCCAGUUUGAAAUUUCAGACUUGAUUUUCCCUUACGAUAAAUGUAUCAACCCCUACAAACAUGUCCAUUAAUUAUAAUCCACAUAAUAAUUCAAAUGUCCUGUUGCUGCAGGAUUAUUUUCCUACUGUAGCAAACUGGCUCAAAUUAAGAUGCUACAUCUGUAUAGGGAAUCCUGUAUAGUGAAUCAAACGGAGGAACUGUGUUGCUUGAGUGACAGGACGGGCUUGUUGUGUGUGGGAAGCAGCCGCAAGAUAGAAAAAAAUGAGUAAACUAAUCAAAACUGAUGUUACACACGGCUGAGAUGCGUUUCAGAAUAUUGCAUGCGAAAUUGAUCUUUUGCGAUAUGGGUAUUGCACAUGUCAAUAUUGCGAUUUCAAUGUGAAUUUGAUUAAUUGUGCAGCCCUAUUAAUGGUACACUCACCCCCUUUCUGCUCUCUCAGGACUCUUCCAUACUGGAUCAGUUUCAGCAUGAGUCCUACAUGGGCCUACACCUCACACCCAGCCAGACUCAGGCACUCUCCCAGCAGGUAACCUAAGACUUCAAACUGUAAAUAAUGUAACAGUAUUGAAAGGACAACUCUAUUUUACCUGUUGAUUCAUUCAGUGUCCAAAGUUUUAAUCUAACUGUCUCUAAUCUUUGUUGGUUGUCCACACCUCUGCCCAGCUGGGACAACUCAGUAAGGAGCCUCUCUGGGGAGAUUCUGGGCCUCAAUCUGUGGUGGGGAAAGAUGGAGGCUCAAAUGUCCCUCCACUGCCAAAACCAAAGCAGUGUGGACUGUCAUAACAUCCUUACGACAGGUAGGACCCACUCCUUCCCCCCUCUUGUACUUUUUAAUUGCUUGCAGCAGUUAGAGAUAGUUCACUUUUUGGAGAAGUGUUACCUUAUUUUCAAUUUACACAGGGCGUUGUUGUUUCAUCCAGACAGAUUUCCGAUUGAGCCGACAUAUGCAGCGUUUACCGUUAAUGGGAUCUCCGCGUACGGAAGCAUUGCCUUUAAAAGCCACAAUGCCUAUAACCCAUGUUCGGAUUGAAUCCCGGCCUCAAUCUUUCUCUCUUAUCCGUUGUAUCUUUGUUUCCCACUUAACAGACAAAACAGCUUUUGAGGAUUUCUCUGGUGUUCUGCCCAUGCUGGGAUUUGAUGCAGACCCAUUUGCCCUGAAUAACCCCCUUCAGAUCGAUCCCCUAGGCCUGGAGGAGCUUAACAUGCUGGCAGAUGGAGAGGACACUGUGAAAGGACAAUGCUCUAACCUACUUACAUGA